UGAAUUUUCUGUCAGCUUAGAAUAUUUUUUGAAUUUAAAUAAAUUUCAAAGAUAUUGCAAGAAUGUAUUUCAAGUCGGUUCCUUCCCUACUAAUAAUAGCAUUUUCGUUGCUUUUGGCCGUGACAUUUCGUAUAACUCUGCCUUGGAUACUUCGCUUGGAUGGCAUAAUCUAUCUGCAGAACUAUACCGCAACUGCAAUCGAUUUUUAUUUGGCUAUAACGAGUCUUAAUGGGAUUAUCAUCAUACUAUUUUUAGUUAGUUUUCUGCUGUUAGAUUUGACGUCGGAUUGGAUUUCUUUGUGGUAUAUACCGCUGUCAUCGUGGUCCAUGUACUGGACAUACGGUACAUUUUUAGGUCGACUGAGAAAACUCUGGCCUAAGGAAGAAAUGGAAGAUCUGGCUGAGAAAUGGGUGAAAUAUAUCAAUACAAAUGACAGCUACUGGACGCAACUUGAAUUGAAGCUUCACUGUUGUGGCCUUGAUGGACCCCGUUGGUAUAUGCAUUACCUGCGCAGGGUACCCCAGUCGUGCUAUAAUCCCCAUCUUGUAACCAAAGGAUGUCAAAGUGUACUCCACGACAAACUUGAUUCGCUGCAUACCAUCGCUUAUCUGUUGUACAUAAGUGCACUCCUCCUGGAGUAUUCUAUGCUGGUAUUUUAUUUGGUUUUUUUGUUUAAAAAGAGAUUCUCGAUUGCGUUUGAAAACAAAAAAAUUAAAUUCAUAAGGAAAAUAAAAAUUUAG